CGCGACUUUGAUACAUGGACAAGUGCACUUCAUACAUAUCACAAAUAAUCACACCUACGACUUCUCCAGCACGCCAGUAUACAACUAUACACAUCCUGUACAUCUUACUCACUAAACAAACUUGACAAUUUGCUUGCAAAUGUCUCCCAUCGAUCUCUAGACGCGACCAAAUUCUCUGAGAAAUCCGCCCCGCGUCUUUGCACGCCUCGUUCUGGAAGAUACAUUGACAGCCUCGCAACGCUCCAGACGCCUGAGUCUCUCAAUUCUUGGCUUCUGCUCCCAAGGGCAGAGGUCCUGCGACACUUGACAGCGAUACGACACGAUGUACCUCCCACGAUCGCUCCUCUCGACCCUCUACCUGCACCUCCAACGCACCCACCACCCUCUCUCCCCACCAGUCCUGAUCCUCGUGGCCCUCGAGCCCGAUGCCCUCUGCGGUUGCCGAAUCCUCACCCAUCUCCUCAAACACGACUAUAUCCCCCACAAGAUCCAGCCGAUCGCCGGCUUCAACGACCUCGAGCGCGCCGGACGAGAGAAUGUACGGCCCAUGCUCGCGAGCCAGGGUGGCAGCGGCGGCGUCGUGGUGUGCCUCGGAGUUGGAGCAAGGAAUGACUUAGGCGCCAUGCUGGGGAUUGACGCGGAAAGUGAAGGCGAAGGCGCGUUCGGCGGCGUUGAGGUCUGGGUUGUGGACGCGCAGAGGCAAUGGCACCUGGAGAAUGUGUUUGGUGGGGCGCAGAGAGACGGCGUGUUGGAGGAUGGCAGCCCGGGACCCAUAAAGCAGCAGCCGGGCGUGGAUAAUGGGAAGAUCGGAAGGGGCUUCAAGCCGGGGAAGGGAGGCAUUAUUGUGUUUGAUGAUGGGGAUAUUGAGGAGGAGUUGGGUCCGGAAAGGGCUGCGUAUUUUGCUCUUGACGAGAUGCCAGCUAUCGACGAGAGAGAUGACGAAGGAGACAGUGAGAGCGAGGAGGAUGAGGAUACCCCUAUGAUUGAGGCUCGGCCUGGCCAGAAGAGGAAGUCGUGGUCGGAUCGUGAGGAUGACGAAACGGAUGAAGAUGUUGACGACAGGCCACGACAGAGGAGGAGGAGCAACUCUUCAAGCUCCAUUCCCGAAUCUCCGUCACGACCCCAAAGGCGAGGGCUUAUGGUUGUUGAUGGCCCGAAUGGCGUUGCAAGAACAGACUCCCGUUCCGUAUCGCCCUCACCCGCACAGCCUGCGAAGCAAGUAUCGUCAAGGACACUGAGACGACGACUGAUCAAAUUACAACAAAAGAAUCAGAUGGUCCUGGAUGCAUAUUACAGCCUUGGUACCUCAUACUCCGAACCCAUCGCCUCCAUGAUGUACUCCCUCGCCUCCGAACUAGGCCGCGAAGACAACGACGUCCUCUGGCUCACCAUCGUCGGCGUAUCAUCAAUGGAACUCUACGGCCGCUCUGCAACUGGCGUCGCCAUCUCCCUCAAAAACUCCUCCAACCGCUCAGGUUGGCGCGGCACCCGCGGCUCCCGCAUCCGCCAGCUCCUCCGCGAAGAAGUGCGCCGUCUGAACCCCCCUGACCUAAACGACCGGGCCUCCUUAAACACUAGCACCGGUCUCAUCCCUACUACCGCGCGCAGCCCCACGGAUACCAGUAUCCGACUCUCCCCUGAGCCGAAAUUCCUCCUGAUCCGCCACUGGAGCCUGUACGAUAGCAUGCUGCACUCGCCCUACCUGUCAGCCCGGCUACAUGUGUGGACGGACGUCGGUCGCAAGCGCCUGCACAAGAUGCUUGCCAAGAUGGGCGUGAGCCUCGUGCAAUGCAAACAGAGCUACACGCACAUGGAUAUGGACCUGAAGCGUGGACUGCGCGCGAAGCUCCUGAAGUACUCAGCGAUGUAUGGCCUGGAUGAGCUGGUGCCAUCGCAAGAAUCGGACGAGGUGGGUGGGGAUAAGGAGGGGUGGGGGUUCGUCAGGAGUUGGGGGUGGAGGGCUACGCUUAGCGCGCAGGAUGUGGGAGUUGUUGUGGGGUCGAUUUUGGAGGUGGGUAAGAAGGGCGUGACUACGCUCGAGAACGGCGGCUGGGAUCGCGGCCGCGAAGUCAAAGAGGUCACGGACGAAAGUGGUGAGAUCGAGGCGGAAGAGUGGGUGAGCCGGUUCUGGGACGCCUACGACGCUCUUGAGAACAUUGAAGAACUCAAAGCCGCGCUCCCCACAGCACAGCAUCUCCACCGCGCCAUCCUGCGCACCGGCACAUCCAUCAUCGAAAAGCGCCAGAUUAAGCACUUGUCUAGCUUCCGAUUAUGCAUCGUCAAAGACGGCCCGGACGUGGCGCUCUUCACCCACCCCUCUGCGCUAACGAAACUCGCGCUGUGGCUGGGCGAGGCGUUCGCCGAGCAGGACUUGCAGCGUACGGGCAAGCUGGGGAUGGGAGGCCGAGGGACGCCGCUGGUUGUUGCGUGUUGGAACGCGGAGAGAGGGGUUUAUGGGGUUGUAGGAACUGGCGGAGGAGGGGGGGAGGGCAUGAGUUGGAGUGAUAGAGAGGCGGCUAGAAAGAGGAAGGAAGAGAAGGCUGGGAAGGCGAAAGAGAGGGAGGCAGCCAGGAAGGUGAAGGAGACUAUUCGCGAGCAGAAGAGGGAGGCAAAGCGGAAGGCGAGAGAGGAAGAGGGGGAGAUCGAUGAGCUGGAGACGGAGAGCGAGAGUGAGAGCGAAGAGGAGGAAGAGGAUGACGAGGACGAAGAAGACGAGAAAGAGCACGGGAAGGGCUUUGGCCGUAAUAGGUUCGGGAAUGCGUUUCAGGAAGUCAUUGAGGAAACGAAUGCACGGAUCAGGGUUGAUAGCUUUGAGCACUGUGUCGCUGAGGUAGCCAAGGAUAGCUUGAGCGUGUUCUUGGAGGGGCUGAGCAUGAAGAGCGUUGUGGGGUAGAUGACGGGAUAGCGGGAGGGACUGGCGAUCACUGGGACGGGUUACAUGGGGAUCAUGUUGGGAUGGAAUGGGGAGGCAUAGGAGGCGUUUUUGGCUGGCAUGCUUAUUUGGUUGGGUCAUGAGCGGACUGUAUGGCUUUAGCAGACUGGCGAUAGCGGUCAUAUCAGCUAGCGGUGAAUAUAUGAUGGGUUAUUGUACGUUUAGAGUGGGAAAACGUGAAUGUAAUCAUAGUUAUCACAGCAUCGGCGGCA